CUCUAACGCCAUGUUGGCUGACUUGUUGUUUUCAUCAGGCGUACUACGGACUUGACAGGAGUGGCUCUCUUAAACCCCCCUGCGCCUUUGGAGACGCUUUAUUCCAUAUUAGCGCGUACGCGUUUUGGAUGAUACGCGCGGAGUAUGCAUGCAUCUUUCCUGUGACUUUGCAUUUGAAAGGAAUACUACUUGGAAAUAGCAGUUAAAGAGGCUUUGCUUUUUGUGUUUUGUUUUUUGUGAUUUUUCCCCCAUCCCUUGUCAUAUGUGCAACAAAAUGUCAGAUGUUCGCCUUUCUAAUGCGAGCCCGACAGUGGAGAGGGUGGAUGCGCGGCAGCCCGACAACCAGAGACCUCCGGUCCGCAGAAGCCUUUUCGGCACAUCUGACCCAGAGGAGACACGGAGGGUUUUUACGGCUUCAAUGGAGGAAGGUGUGCGGGGUUUUAGGGAAACGUACAAUUUCGACCCGGAGGACGACACACCGCUCCCUUCGGGCAAUUUCGUGUGGGAGCAGGUCAGCAAUCCAGCGGAAUUUUAUGUCAGACCGCCUCACAGGAGCCAGCAGCCCCAGCGAGAUGUGGACUUGCCCGGCGAUAACAACCUGCAGGAUGUCGAGGAGAGGCAGGAGAAUCCCCAGCCACGCAGAGACGGUUCAAGGAAAAGACGCCGUGAAGCUUUAGGUUCCUGCUCCAGCGAGUGUCCGAAUAAAAGGUCGCACACCGACGAAGAUGAUGAUGAAGACCAGUCGAAAGGUGCAGGAAGUCAGGCUGUUAAAGCCGCGGAGGAGAGACCCUGCAGGCCAGAGAGCAGCGCGGAGGUCCAGUAAAAAAACAGCCCCAGAGUGAGGAGAGACCUGUUGCUGGUGGAAUACUGUAGCCUUCCUCAUCAUCUGACACAGACCGGGGAGAAAAUUUUAAAAAAGAAGAAAAAAAAACAAAACAAAAAAAAAAAAACAAAAACAAAAGACUAAAAGAAAAAAAAACAGCCUUCUCCUAAAGAAGGGGAGGAGGAGAGGCUGUACAAGCACUGAAUAUGUACACUAUCAAGUUUUGGCACUCAUUUUAAUUAAAUUGCCUCAGAAGCAGCAGACAAUGUAGCAGUGUGCAAAAGGAUUUUUGCUCAUCUUUUUUAUCUACUACCUAUGUUUCAGAUGUAGCACAUAAAAAAGCAUAAUAUGCUUUUCAUACCUUUUGUUAAAUGUAUUUGAAUAAGUGUGUGAAUUUGACUCGGGAAGUUGCAGUGCAAUUUCCAACAGAGAAAUAUUAUUUUGUUCAAAUGGUCAUAUUGUAUCAUCAUUCAGGUAAUUGAUGUAAGUUACAAAUGCAGAUUUCAAAAGUCAGGGUUAUGUGGAAACAGAAUGUCUUCACUUUUUCUAUGGCUUUAUUUCUCCCAGUGUUAUAUAUCUUGUUUUUGAAGGCCCAGAUGGCCACACUCUAAGUUGAGGGUCCAUCUAACUGGGAACAGCCAUGAUAGAUAAAGUUUACAUGCAAAUAAUAUCUCCUGAUUUCCCCGUUUGUAUUUCUUUCUUUUUUUUUUCCCUGGGUUUUUGCCAAAGUUUGUGCCUUUUUUUGAGGGGGGGUGGGUGGUGGGUGGGGAGGGAGGGAGGGUGGCUAAACUGCUGAGCAAUAUCCAACCAAAUUUUAACAGUAUUUGCUAAUAAUCCUAAGAAUUAGCUUUUAUUUUUAAAUUAGGUGAGUUAAUAUUUUAGUGGCUUAUAGGUCACAUAUCCCACCCCUUUAAAUAAAUUCUGUAGUCCAGGUUAACAUAGGUAAAAUAUGUUAAAAUCACUGGGCUACCUUAUUAUGCAAAUAUGUGAAUCAAAGAUUUGUCUUUGUGGUGUGGAAUUCAUGUGGAACAUGUAAUUGCACUAUUGUUAAUUUCUCAUUUUUGUGACGGCAGAAAACAAAGUUACACUGCCUCAUUUCGUGUCGAACUUUGAAGUGUACCUGUGUGCCUUUUUUUAUUUUUAAUUUUUUGUUUUCAAAAACACUGAAAAAAUUAUACUAACUUAUUUAUGUUGAGCUUUUUUUUUGUGGGUGUAUGUAUAGCUUCCCAAAGCAACAUUUUUGUGCAUUUUUGUAAAUAUAUAUUUUCAUUAUUGUUUUUAAGAUAAAUAAACUGUUGCAAAACUGA